GCUAUCCCUGUGUGCGCCGCUUGUUUGAAUAUGUAAUAAAAAGAAAAAAAUAAGGCCAAUGUGUUGAAAAAGCAAGCAACUUUCAGAUGCAUUUCUGAUAGGCAGAGAUUUUAAGGUCUUUCACAGAUAAUGUUUUACAAAGACACAACGUUACACAACGCUGGAAACAGGGAAAGUCAAUAUUAAAGUUAAGUGAGCAUUACCUACACAAGCCUGCUCAGAGGAAGAUGAAGAUCAUUUUAGAAGACGAGAAACAUCCUUAUUAAGAACUGCAGCAAAUAAACAAGGUGUGUCCAGGAUGAUUUUAUUAUAUCAAAUGGUACCUUUCCUUUUAUUUGCCUCGGUUUCUGGUGAAUGUCUGACUGAACUGCUGAGAGACACCUACUUUGAAGGAGGAGACAUCACUACAGUUUCUACCCCAAGUGCCAAGUACUGCCAAGUCGUCUGCACCCACCACCCAAGAUGCCUGCUUUUCACGUUUAUGGCUGAGUCGUCAUCUGAAGAUCCUGCUGAGUGGUUUACUUGUAUCCUGAAAGAUAGUGUUACAGAAAAACUGCCACGGGUGAAUAGGACAGGAGCAAUUUCUGGGUAUUCUUUCAAGCAAUGCUCACACCAAAUAAGUGCAUGCAACAAAGACACUUACGUGGGCCUAGACAUGAAGGGUGUGAAUUACAACAGCUCUAUUGUCCAGAACGUUCAGGAAUGCCAGGAGAGAUGCACAAAUGACAUCCACUGUCACUUUUUUACAUAUGCAACAAGGCAGUUUCCCAGCGAGGAGCAUCGUAACGUCUGUCUGCUGAAGUCCAGCGAAACAGGGACGCCGGCCAGAAUAAGGAAGCUCAGUAAAGUGGUGUCUGGGUUUUCACUGAAGUCCUGUGCCCUUUCCACGCUGGCUUGUAUCCGGGACAUCUUCCCUGGCACCGUGUUUGGGGACCGCAGCAUCGGCAGCGUGCUGGCUCCAGACGCUUUUGUGUGUCGCCGCAUUUGUACUCAUCAUCCCAAUUGUUUGUUCUUCACCUUCUUUUCCCAAGAAUGGCCGAAAGAAUCUCAAAGAAAUCUUUGCCUCCUUAAAACCUCUGAGAGUGGAUUGCCAAGUGCACGCUUUAAAAAGAGCAAAGCUCUUUCUGGUUUCAGCCUGCAGCACUGCAGACACAGCGUUCCAGUUUUCUGCCAUUCUUCAUUUUACCAUGACACCGAUUUCUUGGGAGAAGAACUGGACAUCCUCGAUGCUAAAGGUCACGAAGCCUGCCAGAAAAUGUGCACCAACGCCAUCCGCUGCCAAUUUUUUACCUAUUCUCCAUCUCAAGGAUCUUGCCACGAAGGGAAGGGCAAAUGUUACUUGAAGCUUUCUUCCAAUGGAUCCCCAACGAAAAUACUUCAUGGGAGUGGAGGCAUCUCUGGGUAUACCCUGAGGUUAUGUAAAAUGGAUAAUGGAGCUUACUCACGGAUGAUAAAGGAGAUGUUGGAAGCUAUUCACUGCCAUCUCUCCGCUGUAGCGUGUACAACCAAAAUCAAGCCCCGGGUCGUUGGGGGAACCACGUCUGCUCAUGGAGAGUGGCCAUGGCAGGUAGCACUGCAUGUCACGUCGCCCACCCAGAGGCACCUGUGCGGGGGCUCCAUCAUUGGGAACCAGUGGAUACUAACAGCCGCUCACUGUCUGUACGGGCUGGAGUCACCUAAACUUUUGCGUGUGUACAGUGGCAUUUUAAAUCAAUCGGAAAUAAAAGAGGACACACUUUUCUUUGGGGUUCAAGAAAUAAUAAUUCAUGACCAAUAUAAAAUGGCAGAAAGUGGGUAUGAUAUCGCCUUGUUGAAACUGGAAACAAGAAUGAAUUACACAGAUUCUCAGCGACCCAUAUGCCUACCUUCAAAAGGAGAUCAGCAUGUCAUAUACAUGGAUUGCUGGGUGACAGGAUGGGGGUACAGAAAAUUAAGAGACAAAAUUCAAAACACUCUCCAGAAAGCCAAGGUACCCUUAAUGACAAAUGAGGACUGUCAGCUGCGAUACAGAAGGCAGAAAAUAACCAAUAAGAUGAUCUGUGCCGGCUACAAGGAAGGUGGGAAGGAUGCUUGUAAGGGAGACUCAGGGGGACCCCUGUCCUGCAAACACGACGAGGUCUGGCACUUGGUGGGCAUCACCAGCUGGGGUGAAGGCUGCGCUCAAAGGGAACGGCCAGGUGUCUACACCAAUGUGGUCGAGUUUGUGGACUGGAUUUUGGAGAAAACUCAAGCAAGUGUCCAGUCUCUUGCUUUUGUGAUCACUUUUUCUGAGCCCAAAAAACACUGUAAGGUGACGUCUUUGAAGACUGACAUAUGGACAGAUAUACCAGAAAAGAAUCAUAUCGUGGCACCAAGGACCCAUGAGAACUGCUAAAGGAAACCACUAUGAAAAUAUUUGUUUGGGGAGGGGGGUGAGGGGAGUGAAGACAGGCAUAAGGACAGUUGUCAUCAGUCUCAUGUCUGGGAUUACAGAUGUGAGCCACUGCACCUGGUCAAUAUGUCUUCUUCAGAUCAGCUUGGGUAGACUAGAGAGAAUGUGAAUGGAGUGGAUGGCAAGCAGCAGUUUUCCUGGAGGGAGUGGGUGCCUUACAGGGCCAGUCUUAAAGAUGCCCUUGCCUAGAAAAACAUGCAGUUUCCAUAUUUAUUUGGAGUAUUUUGGGGAGGAGGAGGCUGAAGGAGACAGGAAAGCAGGUUAACACUUCCCUAAGACAAGCAGAGGCUGUGAGGGUGGCUUUACAAAGAGUGAGAUAAUAAAUGUAUUCGA